CUGCGACAAUGCAGGAAGCAGCAGCAGGCGUAGCGAGGCUGAGCGUGUUGUUGGAGAGCAGCUUGCUGUAGGUGAGAGCUUGUCCUCCUUGCCGAGAUGUAGGAAUUCCAGGGCUGGGAUUGAUGCUCAGGCUCUUCAGGAAGAACCUCCGCUGUCCUUCUGUCACAACAGUGAAGAAGAUGAUUUGGGCAUUAAAAUGCUGAGCCGGGAACGACAGCUAUGUGACUUCUGAGUGACGAGGGAUGCAAGUUAAAAGCUGAAAUUCAAGAGCUGGAAAAUGAGUGCUUUUAAAAAGUAUUAUAGUCUCUCUCCCAGGACCUUUAGGAGGUCUUUGUCAGAACAAGAUGCUGGCACCGCUGCCUUGAAGGACUAUCAUUGGUACCACCAAAUGAGAAGCAAGAAGGUGAGCAAACAAACUGCUUCGGACCCAGAGAAGGCGCUCGGAGCGUACAAGUGGCAAACGCAUCCCCGGCUUCCCUGGAGGAUAAGCAAAAGAGCACGCUCUUGCAGCCUUAGAGGAGAAGGUAACGAUCCGAGUCUUGUCAAGAGUUCUGCGAGCAUGGAUGCUACCAGCACUGAGGAUCUCCACGAAGAUCCAACGGAGAUGCUCUUCCAGGCAAGGGCCAGAUCACUGCGGGUUCCCUUCAACCGCUCUCUGUCCGAACCCGUGCCGCACUCUGCAAACAGGAAUGCCAAGCCCUUUCUGCAGGCGGUGCGCUCGGUGGAUUACGAGCAGCACGGCUAUUUUGUUCGUGGCAUCUUCUCAACUCUCUCAAGUGGAUUUUUGAAGAUACUCAAUCGAAGAGGGGAGCAGCCCCCCAGUGAGCCACUGGAGGAGUGGAAAACAGAUGAUAGUCAAAUUGAUCUGUGCGCAGAUGUAAAAGGACCACCUACACACAGGCUGUCCUGCGGCCAGUCCCCCUACACCGAGACGACGACAUGGGAGAGGAAGUACUGCAUCCUGACUGACAGCCAGCUGGUGCUGCUCAACAGGGAGAAGGAGGUGCCCACCGACGGGUUGCAAGAGCCUCAGGAUGCUACCAAAGGCCGCUGCCUGCGCCGCACGGUGAGCGUGCCCUCCGAGGGCCAGUUCCCCGACUACCCGCCAGAUGGGGCCACCAAGCUGGAGGUCCCAGCAGAGAGAUCUCCUCGCAGACGGAGCAUCUCCGGGACCAGCACGUCUGAGAAAACCAACUCCAUGGAUGCUGCGAACACCUCUCCUUUCAAAGUAUCGGGCUUCUUCAGCAAACGUCUGAAAGGGUCCAUCAAGAGGACAAAGAGUCAGUCAAAGCUGGACAGGAACACCAGUUUCCGCCUCCCAUCUCUCCGCAAUGCCGAUGACAGGUCACGUGGGCUGCCGAAGCUGAAGGAGUCCCGCUCCCAUGAGUCCCUCCUGAGCCCCGGCAGCGCCGUGGAGGCCCUGGACCUUGGGGCAGAAGAAAAAGUCUUUGUAAAGCCACUCCACAGCAGUAUCCUCGGACAGGACUUCUGCUUUGAGGUAACCUACUCCAGUGGCAGUAAAUGCUUCAGCUGUUCCUCUGCUGCAGAGAGGGAUAAGUGGAUGGAAAACCUACGCAGAACAGUGCAGCCGAAUAAGGACAAUUGCCGUCGAGCUGAAAAUGUGCUCCGUCUCUGGAUCAUUGAGGCAAAGGACCUGGCCCCCAAGAAGAAAUACUUCUGUGAGCUGUGCCUUGAUGACACUCUCUUUGCGCGCACCACCAGCAAAACGAAAGCGGAUAACAUUUUCUGGGGAGAGCACUUUGAGUUCUACGGUCUCCCAACGCUUCACAGCAUUACAGUUCACAUCUACAAGGAUGUGGAGAAGAAAAAGAAAAAGGACAAAAACAAUUACGUAGGUCUGGUCAACAUUCCCAUGGCCAGCGUGACGGGUCGCCAGUUUGUGGAGAAGUGGUACCCGGUCAGCACACCUACACCCAACAAAGGGAAAUCGGGGGGACCUUCCAUUCGGAUCAAGUCGCGUUAUCAGACCAUCACCAUCUUACCCAUGGAGCAAUACAAGGAGUUUGCAGAGUUUGUUACCAGCAACUACACGAUGCUGUGCUCUGUGCUGGAGCCGGUGAUCAGCGUAAGGAAUAAGGAAGAGAUGGCUUGUGCAAUGGUGCACAUUCUUCAGAGCACGGGGAGAGCUAAGGACUUCUUAACGGAUCUGGUGAUGUCUGAGGUAGAUCGCUGCGGGGAACACGAUGUCUUGAUCUUCAGGGAGAACACACUUGCGACCAAAGCUAUUGAGGAGUACCUGAAGUUGGUAGGGCAGAAGUAUCUCCACGAUGCGCUAGGGGAGUUUAUCAAGGCGUUGUAUGAGUCAGAUGAGAACUGUGAAGUGGAUCCCAGCAAAUGUUCAUCCAGUGAAUUAACAGACCAUCAGAGCAACCUGAAAAUGUGUUGUGAGCUGGCCUUCUGCAAGAUUAUCAAUUCCUACUGCGUGUUCCCUCGUGAGCUGAAGGAGGUGUUUGCAUCCUGGAAGCAGCAGUGCCUGAGCAGGGGCAAGCAGGACAUCAGCGAGCGGCUGAUCAGUGCCUCCCUGUUCCUCCGCUUCCUGUGCCCUGCCAUCAUGUCCCCCAGCCUCUUCAGCCUCAUGCAGGAGUAUCCCGACGACCGGACAUCUCGCACGCUCACGCUUAUUGCUAAAGUCAUUCAGAAUCUCGCCAAUUUUGCUAAGUUUGGUAACAAGGAAGAGUACAUGGCUUUCAUGAACGACUUUUUGGAACAUGAGUGGGGGGGAAUGAAGCGCUUUCUCCUGGAGAUCUCUAAUCCAGAUACCAUCUCAAACAUGCCUGGAUUUGAGGGCUAUAUAGACCUGGGCAGAGAGCUCUCAGUUUUGCAUUCCCUCUUAUGGGAGGUUGUGUCCCAACUUGAUAAGGGUGAAAAUUCCUUCCUACAGGCGACCGUGGCAAAACUGGGACCUCUCCCUCGUAUUCUUGCUGACAUCACCAAAUCAAUGACCAACCCCACGCCAAUACAGCAGCAGCUGAGGCGUUUCACUGAGCACAGCUCUAGUCCAAACGUCAGUGGCAGUCUCUCCUCAGGGCUUCAGAAGAUAUUCGAGGACCCCACUGAUGGUGAUUUGCAUAAACUGAAGUCUCCAACCCAGGAAAACAUAGACGGAUAUUUCAGGGGCAAGACCUUGCUGUUGGUUCAGCAGGCAUCUACCCAGAGCAUGACUUACUCAGAUAAGGACGAAAGAGAAAGCAUCUUGCCCAACGGACGUAGCAUCUCCCUGAUGGACCUGCAGGAUCCCCACACCGCUCACAGCGACCACGCUUCCAUGAUGCACGACGUGCCUUUGCGCUUGGCCGGCAGCCAGCUCUCCAUCACCCAGGUGGCAAACAUCAAGCAGCUGUGGGAGACUCAGAGCACACCCCAGAGCGCUCCCCAGGUGAGGAGGCCGCUGCACCCGGCUUUGAACCAGCAGGGCAGCCUCCAGCCUCUGUCAUUCCAGAACCCUGUUUACCAUCUCAACAACCCGCCUCCGCCGCUGCCCAAGGCCUCCGUGGACUCCAGCCUGGAGAACCUGAGCACCGCCAGCUCCCGGAGCCGGAGCAACAGCGAAGACUUCAAACUGAGCGGGCCAAGCAACAGCAGCAUGGAGGACUUCACCAAGCGCAGCACGCAGAGCGAGGACUUCUCCAGGAGGCACACGGUCCCGGACAAGCACGUCCCCAUCGCGUUGCCCCGGCAGAACAGCAGCAGCCAGGCGCAGAUCCGCAAAAUGGACCAAGCUGGGCUGGGGGCCAGGGCCAAAGCGCCGCAGUCGCUGCCGCACAGCGCGUCCCUGCGCAGCACGGGCAGCAUGUCGGCCGUGUCGGGGGCCAUGGUGACUGAGCCCGUCCAGAACGGCAGCCGCUCCCGGCAGCAGUCGUCCUCCUCUAGGGAGAGCCCUGUCCCGAAGGUGAGGGCCAUUCAGAGGCAGCAGACGCAGCAGGUCCAGUCGCCUGUGGACUCGGCCACGAUGUCACCAGUGGAAAGGACAGCGGCGUGGGUUCUCAAUAACGGGCAGUACGAAGAAGUCGAGGAGGAUGCAGAGCAGAACCCAGACGAAGCCAAGCAUGCCGAGAAGUACGAGCAAGAGAUAGCGAAGCUGAAGGAGCGCUUGAAGGUGUCGAGCCGCCGGCUGGAGGAGUACGAGCGGCGGCUCCUGGUGCAGGAGCAGCAAAUGCAGAAGCUGCUGAUGGAGUACAAGUCCAGGCUGGAGGACAGCGAGGAGAGACUCCGCAGGCAACAGGAGGAGAAGGACAGCCAGAUGAAAAGCAUUAUCAGCAGGCUCAUGGCAGUUGAAGAGGAACUGAAGAAAGAUCAUGCAGAGAUGCAAGCUGUCAUCGAUGCAAAGCAGAAAAUUAUUGAUGCACAGGAGAAGCGGAUCGUGUCCCUGGACUCCGCCAACACGCGGCUGAUGAGUGCCCUGACGCAAGUGAAGGAGCGCUACAGCAUGCAAGUCCGCAAUGGCAUCUCCCCCACCAACCCCACCAAGCUUUCCAUCACGGAGAAUGGUGAAUUCAAGAACAGCAGCUGCUAACUGGGCAGACGCUGCCGGCCAUCUUCCCAGGGGAAGGGCAGGAGGGAGCGGACUCGAGAAACUCCAGCGACGGUCCCCCCCCUUCCCCUGACAGGUUUACAUGAUGCUGCUAAUAAAAAGAAAAUCGGAAAGAACUCUGAACAGUGGGCUUUAAUUCCCCACUCGAGGCCAGGAGAAUCAGGCUCCCGAGAGCAAGUCCUUCCAUAUCACUGUGUAAAUAGAGGGAGCGCUGGGUCGUGUACAGAAAACGCCGAUGUAAUAUACCAAAAGGAAGUGAAUACUGUAGAUUUUUUUAAUUAUUGCUAUUUUUAUUAUUUUUUUUUUUCCUGUUGUUGAAAGCACUGCAGUCCUUGGAGAAGGAAGAGGGGAGUGUGAGUGCAUGUGUGUUGUGGGUGAGAGAGAUGAGCAGUGGGUUGCAUUAGAUAGCAGCUGUAUAUAUCAGGCUGACUGAUGCAAGUGCAUGAGUGGAGUGAAAUGAAUUCUGUAACAAAACUCAUCCGCUGAUUUUAUUCCUCUCUUCUCUGGUUGUCCUUUAACCGAAUGCCAACUCAAUAGCAAACGUUUUAGCAAGAAAAUUGUCUCUUGCUGGCUCCUGUACCUGCCUUUGGUAGGAUUCCAGCAAAAAGAAAAUACUCUAAACAAGGUAAAAUCUUGGAGCAGUGAUCUCGUUUCCUUGCAUUUGCACACAGUCAGGCUUCCCAGCAAACAGACAGAGGGAAUCUGCAGUUUUCAAGGUAGGAUUCUUUUUUUACCCCAGUUUUAAUGCAGUUUGUAUUUUCUGUUUUGAGAAUUUACAGACCUGUAAGUACUUUUUUGUUUUUAAUUUCGAUCCAGUCUUUACUUUGUGCACCGUGCAGUGACACCCUGAAUUAUUCCCUGCACUCCGUCAGGAGCAAUCAGGUCAAUGUUCUGAGGAAAGGGCUAACCAAAGGGCGCCCGUGCCCAGCAAGUAGAAUUCUGUAUGCAAAACUUCAGUUUUCCUGGCAGAUUUCUUCAGCUCUGUCCUCUUCACUUUCACUGUUUCAGCCACCAGCUUAGCCAGACUAAUUCCACUUAAAGGCAAGAGCUUCCAUUUCCACUGGAAUUUGCCUUUCUGUGGAUGUUUUUAAGGGUUUCGUUUUGAAGUUCUUUACACUCUCUUAUUUUUCUUAAGGAUUUUUGACUUAACUUUCGUCUCUAAUUAUUUUCAGUUGCAUUUCGUAGAAGCAUAUUUGCAGGCUCUGUGUCGGUGUGUGUAUCAUUACAAGUACAAAGUGACCUUCUCGUGGAAGACUGUCAGCUGGUAAAGGAUGAACAACAAAUGGCACAGUAUUGCCAGUUCUCAUGAUUUCAUCAUGUACCCCAAUACUUAGUCUGAGGUUCUUCUGAAGUCAAGUGGUGUGUGACUCUUUGCUUUCAGCUGAUGGUAUGCGAUUGUAGCCCCUAAUCUCUGAAGGUAAAUACCAUUUUUGCAGCGGCAAUUUUUGAAUUACAUGAGCACACUGAUAACGAGUGUGAUUUACCAUUCAAACAAGUUUUGGAAAUUGGAAAAGUUGAUGUUGAAACCCCAAAAGGGUGCCCUGGGUGAUGUGUCUAGCAAGCAGGAACAAGCCAGUGGGAUGAAUGUGGGGGUACCUGCCUGAAAUUGCAUAGCCUGGGACAAGGAGGAGGUCAGAGCUGAUUAUCCUUUCUGGCCUCAGUUUAUGAAUCUCUAGAAUUGUACUACAUUAAAAACAAAGGGGUUUCUAAGCCAGUCCCAUAACUGCUUGAGAUGGGCCCGCGUUGCCCUGAACGUGAAGGACUGGCAAUACUGAGGCCUCAAAUUCAGUGUCUGUUGUGGAGUUUGUUUGUUGUUUGCGAAUGAAUUAAUCUUUGUGGGCAAUCUUCAGUUUGUAACACAGAAUGUUAGCUGUUCUACCUUGGUGGUUGUGAGUUGAGAUGUUUAAGUUAAACACGGUCACAGAAGUAUGUUACGUUACUAACUAUGGGCGCAUACAGAGACCACAUCUCUGCCUGCACUGUAGGAAGGAAAAUGCUGUCACUUACAUCUGAGGGAGACCUGUCUGCAGUGAGUUGGGAUUUAUCCUCAGUGCUCAGCUCUUCCCGCUCAAAGCCUCUCUCUGGCUGCCUGAAUGUGACUCGGUCCUACAGGCCCAGCAGCAUCCCUGCCCACUUCUUGGUGCACAGCAUUUGCUCAGCAGUGAUUUCUUUUCAGUACUUUCAGAGUUGUCCUCCCACUCUGGGUCGCUGCUGACUCUGCUUUGAUCUUCCAGGUGUGCCCUUCCGUUCCUUCUCCUUUCCCUCCUCCUCCGUGCAUCGCAGCCAUAGGCACUCUAUCUUGUGAGUAACUCAUUUACAAGAGCAACCCCUCUUUUAGUUGAGUAUUUUUGUGUGAUUUGCAUCUCCCCUUUGCUACGUGCUCUGAUUUCACAGCUGCAUCCUGGGAAGUUUGCUCCCAAAAGUAGCCUUUGCAGGUGGGCAUGUCUAUUGCUCGUUUAACAAGCAGUGCAGACCAGGAGUGCUCUGUGACUGAGACAGAGCUAGUAGUCAUGUGAGCAUAUCGACUAGAGCAAGGCAGAAGCAGGUAUGUCAUUCUGGCCGCAUUUGUCUAACAUGAAUUUGAGAAUUCCUUUUCAGAACUCCCCAGCUUUCCCGUUGUCCUUCAGCGAUUGCUGCUUGACCUGUUUGGUUCAGUGCUAUAGAUUCCAAGGCGUCUGCUUUGGUUUCUGCAGAGAAAUGCAGUAGGGGCAACAUUUCAGUCCUGAUUUCUUUAGAGGGGAAAUAAUACCUGUUCCAGUGUUGAUGCAUGAGCUAUUCAGGGUGUAUCAUUCUGAAUAGUGUACCUUCUCAUGUGCAUUUCUUAAGCUUAUAGGCUGGGAAGAGCUGCUGUUCUGAAGGAAUCUGACCCAGGGUAUCAUCCUCACAGCUUGUUGCUAGGCCAGUUGUACCUCUUCUAUUUCAAUUUCUACCCUAAAGUGCAAAAUGUAUUCCUCUGUCUCCUUGUACAGAGGAGAAGCUGCCCACUGACCCAAAAGGGGGUGAGGGUUAUGCUGCAAGACUAAAAUUGAUGAGCUGCAGUACAGAAUGUUAUGUUCCUGAGUUCUGCAGGCAGCUGUCUCUCCUUGUUUGUCACCAGGCAGCUUUCUAGAGAAAUCUUAAGCUACUUCAAGCUGACAAUAUGUGAAAAUGCCAGCUUCUAUUCUGCCCAGUCUGAUAAAAUUCAAGUGAUACUGAACCACGUGGCAGCCAAAAGCUGUGUCUCUUUUGGAACAAGAACCCUAGCUGGGCCCCAUCUCAUUCUUUUUAAGACUAACAGCCAGUGGGUCUCUGCAGCAGUGAGUGGAAAGGUAAACAGUGCAAAAAGCUGAUGAUAAGCAUUAUAGACCGUGGUUCAUACAUUCAGCAAAUUGAUCAGGCUGUGCUAAUGCUAUUGCAAGCAACUGCUGCUGUCAUUUAGAAACAGCUGAAGUAAUGAAGUAAUAAAAUGUAAUAACCUGUCAGAGUAAUACUCCGGUAUUCCUAGGUGUGAGGCAGAAAAGUUUCCCAUCUCAGUCCUCGCUGGCCACGUCGCUCUGUCGUUGCAUGUUCUAGGGCACGUCGUUGCUGUUCUAGGGCAACUUCCCAGACCACAAAGCCACUCACAACAGAGCAAGCGCAGCCAUGAAGUGUGUCCUGUAAACGCCCAUCCGUUGCAGCUCAAGGAUUUCACACCUUUUUGUAAGGGAAAUAGGCAGAUUUCACAUCCAGGAUGCACCAGCUGUGAUACCCCUGCUGCGCUGGAAAUGGGCAGCUACGUGUCAAAGCACAGGUUCAUACAGCUCCACGUUUUACAGCUGUCCUCUGCAGCGGAAUAACUCUAAGCAGCAGAUCCAGAGCAGCAUGGAAAGGGAUGUGUAUGCGUUGUAGUAAAGAGAAUAUGAAGGGUAUCAGUCAUAAAUUCUGUAUCCAUCCAUCAGAGAAAUGGAUUUUACUCUCUGUUCUUGCAAUUGCUUUGGGUUGGCUUAGGCUUUUUUUUUUUUUACACCAUAUGUUAAUGUCAUGUUUUAAUGCUUUCUUUAACCACCAGCUUUGAACAUCAUCUGCAAACUCAGUGGUUGUAGUCAGUCUGUUUUACAGCAGUGCCUGUGGGGUGUGCCAGCAGUGUCUGUGUGCUCAGAUCACCGUGUAUGUAUGAAUUCUGUCUGUGUCCUGCGAAAAUGUCUGUGUCGUUUCUGGAGAACAAGUCCUGUCCAAGUCGAACCAUUAAAUGUAAAUAAUAAAAUCUUUCAUUAGCGUGGUCAGCCACAGGUAUCCAGCUGAGCAUGACGGAGCAAAAGGGUUAAAUUUAGGCUGAUGCUCUCCGGUGUUUCCUUCCCUACGGUCAGCUAGCUCCCAGGAGAGAGAGCUUGUCAUUGCAGGUCAUGGCUGCCAGGAAUCCUACCUGUAAAAAUAGAUUUUCUGUCUCAAGGGCCUUAAUAAGAGUGUUAUUACACAGAACUGUUUUGCAAUGAUAGCUCUAAAUAAUUUAUUUUUUAUUUCAACAAAGUACACCUUAAGAAGUAAUAAACUUGUUUUUUCAAGCCGUAUUUUUAUGCUAGUAGCACUGGACUGUUUGGUCUCUGAGAUCCAUUUCUGCAUUUCAUUGCCUGGGUUUGUUCUAAAGAAGAUUUAUUUUUGUUCUGUGAAUAAUUUUUGAAGGUUCUUGUAAUAUGUACAGAUAUAGAUACAUUUGAGGUCUUUUAUUGAUAUUCCUACAAAGAAUACAAAUAAACUUUAACUUUAAACAGUUUGGACUCGGUAAA